GAGUGAUUUAAUGCCAUAUUAUGCUCGUUACACAUAAAACUACUCUGUACCAUAAUAGUUUAUUCAUUGCGGCAGUGAGAAUUUAUAAUAAGUUACCAAAAGAAAUUAGGAAAGAAAAGAAUAUAAAUUGCUUUAAAAAUAAUUUAUAUAAAUACCUAACUCAACAGGCAUUCUACAGUAUAAAUGAGUGUUUAAGUUAAUAUUAUUCUUAUUUUCAUACAUAUUUUAAUUGUAAAGAUGUAAAUUUUAAAUGGUGAAAUUGCUUUUUGAAUCAUUAAAUACUUAAUAAAUAAUUUGCAUGCCUAAUUGGCAAGAUACAUUUACCAUCUACAUCUACCGACCACCUGUAUAAAUAAUACAUGUAUCUGCAAAGAAAUAAAUUGAUUGAUUGAUUGAUACAUACUCAACUUUAUCUAAUCUUAUGAAAUACGAAUCUAACCAAAUUAAAUACUACUACAUUUUCCGCGACUUAGGUUCGAGUUCACCGUCAAUUGUUCAAACAUAAUCAACCGUUUAAAUAAGUUAAACGCCGUUUAGUCCAAAUUUCCUGUUCACCACAGCCCAUAUACCGGUUAAGGAAGUAAAUCGGGCGUUUAUGUUAUCCGAGCUUGCAUACCCCGGUUAUUCUUCGGUUAAGACGUCUUUGACAGAUGCGGGCUAUGUUUUUAUAACGCUCGCAAGUUUCGUGAAGUUUACUCUCUGUUAAACUCUAUUUAAUUAUAAAAGAGUAUAUUUUUCAUCUCAGAAAUAAUUCAUUGUCUCCCAUAAAUCAAUCACUUCCUACUUUCGAAUUUGUUGAUAGUAAAUGGUUUUAACUAUUUUUUGGUCAAACGCGGGAGUCGAACCUUAGAACUCAUGAUCCCUAUUAUAUGUUUUUCAAAUCGGACCAGUAGUUCCUGAGAUUAGCGCGUUCAAUCAAACAAACAAACUAACUCUUUAGCUUUAUAAUAUUAGUAUAGAUAUAAUCGGUCUAUUAAUAUAAAAUAACUAUAAGUCCUUAUAUAUUAACGAACAAAACAAUGGAAUAGCAUUUGAAAGUGGAAAGGCAGCUAAGAUUAACAUUGCGUUGAUUAAAAGUUUUAUAAAGUUUUUUUAAUACAAAUUACGAAAUGAUAUUUUAACUAUCAUAUUUUAUAUAAAAUAUUUACAUCUGUAAACUGAAGCCUUAAUUUUAAUUUAUUCAAUGGAGAUUAUGUGUUUAUUGUUAUUUUGUUUAUUCUUUGGUAUGUAUAUGGUAUUGUAAAACACAUUUUUCUCAUAAAUGUACAUUAAAUUACACUAGAUUUAGAAAAUAUUCAUCUUAACUUUAAAAUUAAAUUUUAACAUUUGAAGUAAGUUUGUACCUACUUUAGUUUUUUUCUUACAAUUGGACAGUGUUAUGUAAGAAUAGAUUAAGCGACACAAGAGAGAAUUUGAGAAAACGCGCUUCAAAGAUUUUAAAGUUAAAAUUGUCGCUGUGAGCUCAUUAUUUAUGUUACGUGUGUGAUUUUUUUACUGUAAAUUAAGAUGUGUAUAAAGUUUAGAUUAAUUAAAAAUAUAUUACAGUGCAGAAUAUACUUUAAAAGAUAUAGCCAUUUUUCCGCUUAAUUCAUUAAUGUAUUAUAGCUAUAUUCCGAUUAAUAAAAGUCAAUAACGUACUAUACGACAUGAUUGUCGUUUGAUUCUUUCAUACGAUUUAUUCUAUGUUCGCUGAAAGUGCCUUGGAGUUUUGAUGAUCAGUCAGUCAGUGAGUGAAAUAAUUAGGAAACUAUGACUUGUUAUAAUUCUUAUACAACUCGUUCAAAUUCAAACUGAUAGACCAACUUCGAUGCGAUAUUUUUAACAUGAAAGCCAGUUUCCUUGUUGUGGGUCUUAAUUAUAUUUGAUAGAUAUCGGUCCAGCAGAGUAACAGCUGUUUUCCAAAAUAAUGCAGGUAAAGCAUUUUUUUUUAAAUGUCUGUGAUGAAAAUCAUUUCUGGCAUAACAGUCGUUAUUCUAGUGAAUUUCAUGACUUACGUGAGUUUUUCAACAUUUUUAAUUUCGUUUCUUUAGGGCAUACUGUACAGCAAACCCAAAUAGCCCACAAUCGACACACCGGAUCCUAUGAAUUGAUUAUAUCAAACUUAGAAGAAAACCUUUCACACCAUAAGUGGGCAAACGAAGAACUACCAUGUCUCCAAAAAACAUUGGAUAUACUGAGGAAUUUGAAGAAUCAUACGCUGUGGGCUACAUGGGUUUGGGACUCGAUGCAGAGUCCAACUGGAGUGCUGUAUGGGACAAGAAGCCAGUUCGGAAACAACGAGCAGUGUAUCCAUCCACCCUGGAUACACACACAUCCGGAACUACGCACACAGUACUGCCUAGCAUAUAUUACGCUAACUAAGAAGAGACAAAUUAAACAUGAGGACCCGUAUACAAAUGCAAAUGAAUAUAUAUCUUCAGUGUCGAAAUAUAAUUUAACCUUCAACAAACUAACAUGGGGCCUGUGUCUACCAGCUGUUUGUAAAUCGAAUUCUAUAAAGCAGUUCGCGAAGACAUUCCUUAACAACAGCCACCUUGGUUUUGCGUUACCAGAAACUACUAUCAGUAUAGACUCCUGCCAAAGCUACAACGAAAAGACUGAAGUAUCGUAUGGAUUCUAUGCUGCUAUUGCCUUUAUCGGAUCUAUGAUACUGCUAACUUUAUUCUGUACACAUUAUUACGAAUAUCACCGCUAUGCAAAGGAACAAACUUACAAAAUCUUAAUAGCUAAAGCAUUUUCAGCAGUUGAGAAUACAGCUGAACUCUUUAAAGAAAAAAAGGGUGCGAUUAGUUCUGUAAAUUCCUUGAAGUUCCUGACGGCAUGUUUAGUAGUAAAUAUGCAUUAUAGUGCUAUCUGUCUUAAAACAGGGAUAAGAAAUUCUAAAAGUUUAGACUCCUUGAUAGAACGCUAUAGCCUGCAUGUGUUUUUACAUCCGGAUAUAUUUGUUGAUACUUUUAUAAUGAUAUCUGGGGUUUUGUUGAUGAACAACAUCUUGUCAACUGAUAAGCCUGUUACUAUAAACAAUUUGAUCAAAAGAUACUUUAGGUUAACAUACGUACCAAUGGUUCUAAUACUGUAUAUCACCCAACUAUUAAAAUACCACAAUUCAGGACCGUUACUGCAAACGGAGUUAUUAUCUGAUGUUGAAUAUUGCAGAAACAAUUGGUGGACUGUUUUAUUGAAUGUCAAUAACUAUGUAGACUUUAGAAAAGCGUGCUUUCCAAUUACGUGGUCUAAUGCUUGCGACUUUCAUUUUACUAUAAUCGGUACAGGGCUUUACUGGUUGUACCAAAAAAAUAGAUCGCUCGGUCUAAAAGCGUACAUUAUAGGAGCCAUCGCUUCAGUUACGCUGCCGACGUUGGUAGCGUUUCGAUUGGGAUUAAUGCCAAUAGAUUUUAGUGAUUUGGAACGGUUUAGUGACUUUACGUACUAUGUAAUCACGCCGACGUACCUACAUUCACAUCUGCGGAGUGGGCCGUACUUUAUUGGAAUUGCGUUUGGUUGUCUACUCUCUUUAUAUAAACCAGCAAAUUACACGAAACUUUCAGUGAAGGCAUCAACUACUAUACUUACCCUUGGAGUAGGAUUAGGUAUGUUUAUAACUAUGCUAGGAGGAUAUUUAGCACAUCGAAACCACAGUCCAUUCGAGGCAGCCUUAUAUGUGGGAACAAACAGGACUAUAUGGGCUAUUGCCUUGGGCAUUGUAAUAGUCAGCUUCGAGUACGGUUAUAUACCACUUAUAUCCGACUUCAUUCACUGGCGAAUCUUCAUCCCCUUAAGCAAAUUAUGCUUUAGUUUGUACCUCACACACUGGCUUGUAAUAGUAAUGAAAACCUACAAUACAAUGAGUCCUGAAACGUUGAAGUUUACAUAUUUGGCAAUAGACUCACUGGGCGUGAUAACAUUUUGCUGUGGACUCUCUUAUCUGCUGUGGUUGGUGUUUGAAGCGCCUAUGAACAAUAUAGUAGCUCUUGUACUACUAAUGAGAUCACGCAAAGAAAUCAAUAACGGAACAUCACAAACAAAUGGAGAUCUAAGCGCAGUGAAGAAAAUAACUUGAAACUUUUGAAAUUAAAUUUUAUCUGCUAGAAUACCCGAAGGUUGACGUUAUAUUGUCCAGAAAAUAUUGACAAAUAGUCAUAAACAUAAUUACAUUUUCAUUUUAACAUAUUUGGUAAUAUAAUUGGAGUGGGUUGGUAAUAAAUAUAAUUUUGAAAUAUAUGUGAAAAAUAUUAUAUGCCUUUUUUACGUAAUAUUAUUGUAAUAAGUGUAUCAUUAAUUGUGAUUGUUCCUUCUUCAGCUCAGCAAGGAACAAAUAAUAAUAUAGACAUAGGCCUCCUCUAGACACUUCCGUAGUACUUAGUCUCUUGUAUUGUAAAAUAUAUUCAGAUAAAUUAAAAAAAAAAAACUUGAAAUUAUACAGGCAAAACUCCCAAACCCAAUCCUUUAUCUACCGAUUUAUUUAUUUACCUUUUUUUCCCCAGUAUUUUAGCAUUCCACACAAUCAUGCAGCUAGAUAGAUAGCUAACUGUUAUCAAAUUUAGACAGAACCUAGAUCGAUUCGCACUUGGCGGUUUUUCUAUGUUCCAAAAAAUUC